CUCUUUGAUUAGGCGCCACUUUAAAAGGCGCGCACUUUCGCUGCUGGAGGCACAGUUCCAGCUAGAAGCUCAAAUGAGGCCGACCACAACGGUGCUACUGCUGCUCGCUGGCGUUUGCUCUUGCUUCGGCAAUCCCAUCCUGGGCAUACUGGAUCCAAGCUGUUUUGUGGCUACUGGAGCUGUCUGUCCCAAUGAGAAUGUCACCUUCUGGCUGUACUCCAACGCCACGCGCGAUGCUCCUAUCCAGCUGAAUCCCGUUGAUCUGAAUCCCUGGGACUUUCAGCCAUCACGCCCACUGAAAAUACUGUUGCACGGCUAUACGGGCCACCGCGACUUCGCUCCCAACAACCACAUACGGCCCGCUCUGCUGGACAACGAGGACGUCUAUGUGAUAUCCAUAGACUACGCUCCAUUGGUGCGGGAGCCGUGCUAUGUCGCGGCCGUGAGGAACCUUCCACUGGUCAGCAAAUGCCUGGCGCAGCUCAUUAACAAUCUCGUCGAUCGCGGCAUUGUGCCGCACGAGCUGAUCCACAUCAUUGGCUUCAGCCUCGGUGGUCAGGUGGCCGGACAGGCGUCCAACUACUUGAAACGCAAGCCCAAACGGAUAACCGGCUUGGAUCCGGCUAAGCCACUCUUCAUCCUAAGCAACAAUGCGCGUCGACUGGAUGCUGGCGAUGCGGAAUUCGUGGACGUCAUUCACACGGAUACCUUGGGGCGGGGCAUGAUGCGUCCCAUGGGCCAUGUGGACUUCUAUCCCAACUUCGGCCCACUGCAGCCGGGCUGCCUGGAGGAGAAUCCCAACGACCCGGGCAGCUGCAACCACGAACGUGCACCGCGCUUCUAUGCCAAGUCCAUCGAUUCCAGCCUGGGCUUCUGGGGCCGCCACUGCUCCAGCUGGCUGAUUUACGUCUUUGGCCUGUGCUCCACACGCUCCAAGCUCGCUCUGAUGGGCUACCACGUGUCGCAGCAGCUCAGCGGCUCCUUCUUCCUCAAGACACACAGUCAGCCGCCCUACGCCAUGGGCAAGCCAGUGGAAGAGGACAACAGCAAAUACGUGGCCAAGUUCCACCUGAGCCCGAGGCACAGUGAAAUCGAACACGAUUUCGAGCCGCUACUGGGCGAGUCCGUACCCGAGCUGGAGGACAACGACGUGGACACCAAGGAACUGGAGAAACAACUGAACUGGCAGGAGUCGCUUGACGAGCCGCUCUUCUAGCUCUCCCAGCCACAAUCUCUCCGAUAAGACUUAUCUGCUAUGCGAUCAACUACCAACUAAUCUAAACUAGUUAAUUUAUAUCAGAAUAAUAAAUGUAUUUAUUAUAUGUUUCA